UUUAUUUUUAGUAGUAAUGUCGGUGAUCAGCGACUUCUAGCAGGACUGCGGGACUGCUGCAGGCAAUUCUGACACUGGGGGGAACUGACUUGGUGUCACUGACAUCCCAGUGACACCAAUACAGUAAUUGUGUGCUAAUAAAAAGCACUGACAUUGUACUAAUGGCACUGGGCAGGAAGGGGUUAACAUGUGGGGGCAAUCAAAGGGUUAACUGUGUGCUGUUUUACUUACGUGGGCUGUGUCUGUGUUUCACUGUAAGCACACUGCUUUGUAUGGCUCUGCUGUGCAGAGCCAUACAAAGCAGUGUGCAGGAGCUGACAGGUGAGAGAUCUGUAUUGUUUACAUACAGGUCUCUCCCCCAU